AUGAGCUCCCCGACCAGCCGGAAGGGCUCCCAGCCCCAUCAACUGCGCACCGCCGCCGAACCCCGACAAAACCGCCUGUACAAUGUCCGACUCUCGCACAUCGAGCAGGUCAAUCCCUCCGUGCGACUCCUCCAACUGACUAUUCCCCCCGAAAUCCAAAAUGAAGAUGAGGACCAGGACCAGGAUCUAGACCAAACCAUAAUCCUCAACCACCACCCCCAACCCCUAACCUUUCUCCCGGGCCAAUGGCUAGACGUACACAUCCCAUCUAUAUCCAACGCCGGCGGAUUCAGCAUCACCUCCACCCCCGCGGACGCACAAAUCCUCCCCUCCCUAGAACCCCCCAUCACCGCAGUCGACGAAUCCGACAACCCGCCCAUCGACCCUCACGGACGACCUCCAUACCUGGAACUAGCUGUUCGCCAUGCACCCCUAAACCCAGCAAGUGCAUGGCUAUGGCGCCCCGCGCACGAGAUCCUAGGCACGGAACUCAGCGUCCGUGUCGGGGGCAGUUUCGUAUGGCCUCCAAGUGGUGUAGAUUUAACCAGGAUUCGAAAUGUGGUGUUUAUUGCGGGUGGUGUGGGGAUUAACCCAUUGAUAUCUAUGCUCUCGCAUCUGAAUAACGGUGACGAUGAGGCCACGGCGCUUCAACAUCCGAAUCUGAAUAUCCGGUUUUUGUACUCGACUAAACUUCCUCGGGAAGAGGGGAAUAGGGGGAGGAGAAGUCUGGAGCAGGUUUUGUUUCUCUCGCGUCUGCGACAGAUUAUUGCGUCGCAGUCGCAGUUUCGGAGGUUGCGGAUUGAGUUGGAUCUGUUUGUUACGGAUUUGGAGCAGGGGGAGGGGGAGGCUCUUCUUGUUGGGGAGCGUGAGGAUUUGACGCUGCAUGCGCGGAGGAUCAAUCAGAGGGAUUUGGAGAAGGCGAUCAGUGGGUCUGAUGGGAAGGUCAAGGUGGAGGAGACGGUGUGUUAUGUGUGUGGUCCGCCGGGGAUGACCGAUGAAUUGCGUGUAUACUAUGAAAAGUGGUGGUGA